GUGACGUAAUGUCAUUGUUAUUCCAUGACGCAUCAAGAUGAGUACAUCUUCAGUCGAAGUGAAAAAUCAGCCAGAAAAUAUAAAUGAAAUUACCGAAGAUGAUCUGUCACUGGAAACAGAUUUUGAAAAACUUAAGUCCAAACUGAAGGAGUUCUUAGAACAGCAGCGUGACGCUAAGAAGUCGACACAUAAGAAAACAGGGUCUCACACCAGCGAUCAGAAACCUCCCGAUGAAGUCGAACAGAAGGUCAUCAGCUUGGUCAAGGACUUCGAAAAGGAGCUUGACGCAAACAAGAAAGAAAUAGAAGAAAUGGGCGCGAAGUAUAAACAACUGCAGCAAAUGCAGGAGGACCUUUUCGCUGAUUAUUGCAUGCACGAAAAAUCGGGCCUUGCCAAGCAGGAAUCGGAUGCCAGUGUCAGAGAUAAGGCUAGAAUCAAAUUUCAGAAUGAGGAGAAUGCCGAGAUGCUCAACAGACUGAAAGACGAUCUUGAACUGGCCAACCGACGUCUGGAGAAUGAAAGAUUCAACACGUUCCGAGCACUGGAUGCUUUAAAGAAGGACCUAAAGACGUACAGGAAGGAGAGAGCUCCACUGAUCGCAGAGCUACACAGCCUGGAAAAGAUUAAGGAAAAUCGAAUUAAACAGUGGAUGGCAGAAAACAAGAACGGGAGUCUGGUACAGCUACGUCUAGCACAAGACGCUGUAGACUUCAUCGCAUUACUGCAGAAAAACCGCAGCCUCAGAGCAAAGGUCCAGGAUGCCGAGAUCGAACUGAAGGACCUCGCCACGGCGUUCAAGAUUCUGGGAGCCCAGAAAUCCGCCAGGAUGAAGAGGCUGGACAAGCUCAACGAGCAGCUACAGGGGGAGAGCUGCGACGACGGCGAGUUCGGCCUGAGGACCACCACCCCGUGUUUGAACCUGACUGCCGCGAAAUCCGAGGAGCUUCUGUCGGCGUUGAACGUUACUCGGAGGUGGCACAGCGGCGGCAAGACCCUGCACCGCUGCCGCAAGAUCACGGACCUGCCCAAGAUGGUGAGUCAGGAGCUGGAGGACGAAGUCGAGAUGGCGGCGGAGGCCCUGAAGAGACUCGAUCUUGACGACGGGGUCGGCGGCGGGCCGCGGACAUACAAGGGCAGCGAAGAUAGGGAGAUUGACGGAGACGGCGGAAGCAGAGGGCAGCUCGAGUGCUGCGAACUGACCAAUCGAACGCCGUCGUCGUACCCUCUCGGUCACAUGGAGUCCGCCAUUCUUACGUACAAGCUUGGUUCGCGUAUUGCCGGACAGCCCAGUCACAUCGCCGCCGCCGAGAGCGCCACUGCGCUCAGAAAAAGCUCGGGAUUACACGCAACCGGAAGUUCUCACAGCACCAUUGAGCAAGCAACAAGUCGCCAUAGAAACUGAAAGUUCUUUACCUUUAGGCUUUGUUGAACGUUUGGCUUGGCUUGUUUUAUCAUUAUUGAAAUGUUAUGAACUGUAAAUUUAUGUCUGAUAAGUAAACAUUUAAAUAACAAAAUAAUAAAUUCUAUGAAACAUUUGUUGCAAUAAUAUAUAUAUAUAUAUAUAUAUAUAUAUAUAUAUAUAUAUAUAUUUAACCCAUAGCAACGAAAUCACGAUUUCAAUACGAUCAUUAUAAGUUUUGGCUGUGCAGUAAUUUAUUAAAGACUUUCUUUUUGAUUAGUUGAUGACAUUUCUCUUUUUCUAUUUUCAUAAAUAUGCAACUUAAUACCAUCAUAA